CUUUUGCUUACGUACUCGCGGCGAAUCACGGCGCUCACCUUCCUCCUUCCCCGACUUGACUCAGCCGCGGAUUCCCUGCCAGAUCUCAUUUCUCCCCAACCCUAACCGCCGGCGGUGGCCAUGAUGGCCGCCGCACCCUCAGCCGCGGCGAAGCCCGUCGCCGACGAGGACCUCGAAACCUUGCCCCUCGAUUCCUCCUCCAGUGUCGCCGCCUCGACCGACCCCCUGCUCCGCCCGCCUCCUUCCCCCUCGUCCACCUCCUCCUCUCCCAGCGCCGGCGCGAACCACGACGCGUUCUUCGCCGAGGAUGAGGAGGAUGACGUCACGCCAGCCACCGCUGCCCGCGCCGCGGUCACGACGUCCCCCAAGGCGUCGCCGGCGUUCGCUCAGAUCACUGUCUCCGAGCCUAGGAAGCACGCGGAACCCGCGACUGGAGCUGUCGGUGUCAUUCCUGGCUCGGCCAGCUACGUCUCCUACCUCGUCACCACCCGGGUGGCCGAUGGCGUUGAGUUCCGCGUGCGGCGGCGCUUCCGCGAUGUGGUGGCCCUCGCCGAUCGCCUCGCGGAGACCCACCGCGGCCUCUUCGUCCCGGUGCGGCCCGACAAGAGCAUCGUCGAGGGACAGGUCAUGCAGCGGCACGACUUCGUGAAUCAACGAUGCACCGCGCUUCAGCGCUACCUCCGCCGCCUUGCCGCGCACCCCACCGUCGGCCUCAGCUCUGACCUCCAUGCCUUCCUCACCGAGUCUAGCGGCAUCCCCACCUCCGGGGGCGAGUCGCCUAGGUGGAGUCCCGCGAUGAGAGCUGCCACGGCCGCGGCUGUUACCCCUCCAGCGUCGCCUGCAAAGAGCGGGAAAGACUUUUUUGGGGUGUUUAAGGACCUGAAGCAGACGGUGACGAACGGGUGGGUGGCGGUAAGGCCGCCUCCAGUGGAGGAGGAGAUUGACACAAAAUUCCUUGCGCACAAGGCCAAGCUUGAGGACUUGGAGCAGCAUCUGGUGACAGCAUCUCAGCAGGCAGAUGCGCUUGUUAAAGUUUAUGAUGAUCUUAGAGCAACUACAGGUCACUUGGGAAUGUCAUUCAUCAAGCUGGCCAAGUUUGAAAAGGAGCAGGCUACAUGUAGUUCUCAGAAAAUACGAGCUGCUGAUACCAGUAAUUUCGCAAAUGCGGUUGUUAGAGUCAGUAGAUCUCAGACAAAACUAAAUGCUGAAAUUGUAAAACAUCUGGGCGUUAUCCAUGAAUACAUGGAAACAAUGGCUUCUGUUCAUAAUGCAUUUACUGAUCGUUCCAGUUCUUUACUUCGUGUGCAAAAUCUGUCAGAAGAAUUAUUUUUCUUGCAUACCCGGGCAGGAAAACUUGAAUCUGUAUCAUCAAGAGGAAUGGAUCAGGAGAGAUUGAGAUAUCAAAAGAUAGAAAAAUUGAAAGAAACAAUAAGAGCCACGGAAGAUGCAAAAAGCAAUGCACUUAAAGAGUUGGAACUUAUCAAGGAAAACAACAUUAAUGAAAUUAGAAGAUUUAACAAAGAAAGAACCCAGGAUUUGGUGGAGAUGCUGAAAGGCUUUGUAUCAGAUCAGGCUGCAUAUUCAGAUCAUUUUGCUAGUAUAUGGACAAAGGUAGCUGAAGAAACAAAUGGAUAUGCAAACAGGAGCAGUUGAAGUAGGAUGUAUAGAGGCAGGCGAAUGUGAGCUGUUAUUCCGCAGCAUGAACAUAGAAUACAACAUUGCGAAUCAUGUGAUGACCGUUUAGGCUUAUACACGGACAGGUCUACACUUUCCAUUCUCGAAUUCACACAUUUCUAGGGAUUUUUUCUGGGGAUUGGUAUCUCCAGUUGUGUACCUGAAAAUUCUCAGGAUACAUAGUACCAUAAUCUCCCGUCUCUUUUUCUCAGCCUGGGCUUUAUGUAAUAUUGAGUUUUUUCUGUACAAUUACACGGCACCACUUGGGUUAAUACCCUGUUUCCCGAGAUAACCAGAUACACGAGACUUUCCUGAGCUA